UAUGUUUAGCUUUAUGGAAGAAUAAACAAAACCUACUUUCUUCCUUCUCUCAUGAAACCUUCCAUAAUGAAGCAAUAAGUGUUAUAUAUAUACCCCAUGCAGGAAGUACCAACAUAACAUAAGAAAGGUUAAAGUAUGAGUAUGAAGCUUCACAAUUGGUCAAGCUCAGAGUAUAAAGAGUUAGUUCUCAUAUACUCUGAAGGAUCCAAAAGUAACAUUUUGGGUUUGAGGCACAACCAAAAUAGGGUAUUGCUGAGACUUCGCAACCCUUUCUGCGACUCUGGUGCAACGCGUGAGCUUCUGGUGGAGGUCACUGCUAAGAAGGGAAACACUCGUGAAGGUUUCUACUUUUGGGCUGUCAAAGUGACCACAGGCAGACUCGAUGACACUCGUAACCAUAAUGGAUUCAAUGUUUGUUAUAACAAAUAUUGGAGCGAGCUUUGUGGGAAGGAAAGUUGCUUUUAUGAAGUGAUUCGCAAAGUUGGAAACAGAAAUUCUGAGGAGAAGGUGAAUUGGGAGUUUUCUCACUGGUAUUCUGCCGGUGGUGGAACACGAAUCGCAUACAGUGUCAUUAUCGAGUGUGACAAAACAAGUGGUCUUAAGGCAGAGCUUAAAGGCCCUUUUAAAUGCUUGAAUUUGGAGAAAGAACCAGAAUCUGAGGCUGCACUCACUCUGCAGAAGAUGGAGAAAGAGCCCAGAAAAGAAGCUGAGAGAAAGUUUGUGGAAAGUAAGUUGGAAGGAAGAGAACACAUUCUCCUUGCACAAGGUUCUGAGCAACGUGCCACGGUGGUGAAUAAUAUUGUUAAUUCAGGAACAUUUACUGGUUCUGGAAAUGGCUCUAAAUACGAAGAUUGUAAGAUUGAUAUGAGGUCGGAUUUUAAAUCAUCACCCUAGCCCUGGAUUAAGACGUCGAAUGUUGUGUUAUUUAAAAAAUAAUUGUGAUUUUCUAUGAAUUUAAUAAUGCAACUGUGGAGUUUGAAGUAUGUAUUAAUUGGGUCAUCACCUUUCUGAAGGAAUAUAAAUUUAUCAUCAUCUAUAUAUGGGUGGCCUACGUUG